UGGGGGGAGGAGGGGGCUACAUUUAUAUCAGUGUCCAGGGCUGGGAGCCUGCUCACCAUGGACACUGCCGGGUACAGCAAGUGGGGUGGCGGGCUGGACGAGGUCCCCGGAGGGCCCUGUGGACGCUGGGGACGGCGGUUCCUCUUCCUGGCCCUGGCUCUCGUGGUCACUGCAGUCCUGUGGGCCUUCAUCCUGAGCAUCCUGCUUUCCAAGGCCUCCACGCAGCAGGGGGAGUUGCUUCGGCGCCAGGACCUGCUGAGAGCAAACGCCUCGGAGCAGACGGUGGUGCUGGGCCACUUGAAGGAAGAGUUCCGAGCCUGCAAUAGCUGCUGCCUGGGCACGCAGGCGCAGCUGAAGACCGCGCGCGCAGAACUUGCGGAGGCGCAGGUGAAGCUGAUCCAGCAGCAGAGCGCCCUGAAAGAACUGAGCGAGCUCGUGACCCAGAGCUUGGCUGAAGCGGGGAGGGACCGCGAGAACAUCCGCAGCGAGCUGUUCCGGGAGCUGGAGGCCGUCCGAGCUGGAAACAGUUCCUGUGAGCAGUGCCCCACGUCGUGGCUGCCCUUCCAGGGUUCCUGCUACUUUUUCUCGGUGGUGCGGGCCAGAUGGGAAGAGGCGCAGCACAAUUGCGCGGGCGCGGGUGCGCACCUGGUGAUUGUCGGGAACCUGGAGGAGCAGGGCUUCCUGAGUCGGAAUACAAGAGGCCGCGGCUACUGGCUGGGCCUCAGGGCCGUGCGCCACGCGAGCAAGGUCCAGAGCUAUCAGUGGAUAGACGGAGUCUCGCUCAGCUUCAGCCACUGGAACCGGGGUGAGCCCAAUGACUCCCUGGGGCGCGAGGACUGCGUCAUGAUGCUGCGUACCGGGCUAUGGAACGACGCUCCUUGCGACAGUGAGAAGGACAACUGGAUCUGCGAGAAGAGGCUCAGCUGCUGAGCCCACCCAGUCCCCUGAGCCAGACCAGCUGCCGCCUGAGCCAGGCCACCAGCUGCCCGUGUCGUCCCUCAGCUGCUGGCCCUCCUGGUUCUUCCCACCACCGUCUGGUGUGUGUGUCUUUUCUUCUCCCGCCCACCGCUAUUGAGGAGAAACAGCCCCACUCAGCCGGGUCCAGUGCCUGCGAUCUGGGACCUCCGCUCCAACCUCUUCCCCUCGGACCUAGCGUAACCUCCACCUCUUCCAAAACCCUGGCUCCUGGGCCCUUUGAUCUGGCCCCACGUCCCUCCCCAGCCGAGGUCAGGUGGCUCAGAGAUGGAGCUGUUUGGUCUUCCUGCCUUCUCCCCUGGCCUGGGAGGCCUCAAGGAGAGGGGUUUUGUGUCUGUCCUCGAAGCCCUACGGAGCAUCGGGACACGUUUGAGAUAUGAACCUUGGCUCCCAGCUGUGGGAACCUUCUAAGUUUUAUCCCAAAGACCCUGACGUGAUCCCUGUGAGUGACCCCGACCUCUCUGAGUGUCCUCAUGGUUCUAUGAUGCCCUGAACCCGAGUGACUGGCCUGCUCUGGGCCAGGAGGGCUGUGCAGACACUGGGGACACACGAGUGAGGCAGGCCCAGUCCUGCCUCCCACCUGCGCCCAACUGUCGCACUCUGGUCCGGCUCAGCGCAGGACUGCUGUGACCCGUGAGAGACUCAGUGGAGGAAUCCAGGAGUGAGUGA